AUGGCGCAUCAGAGCCAGAGUUCCCAGAGCAGCAGUGGCAAUGCCUCGCACCACCUGCAGCGCCAGCUACACCACUACCAGAUUAAGCAGCACCAGCACCAGCACCAGCACCAAUUGCAACCCCCACACUCUCUUCAUCUGCACCACCAUUGGGACUCGCCCACGCAUGACACAGCUACACUGCAAACAGCAUCCAUUUCCUCCCAGUCCAGAUAUGAUACCCUGCAGCCCUCAAUCACCUCCUCCACCUCGGCUUCCUCACACCAGUCUCACAUCAGUAGCAGUGGUGGAUCCAGCUUCUUCAAGCAACAUCAUCACAACAGCAGUGGCGGAAGUACCAAUAGCCAAAGCAGCACACAUCAUCAUCACGGCAAGCACAGUAAGCACGGCAAGCGCGGAAGCCUGAACAAGGACGAUCGGCCAACCCAACAGCACCAGCAGAUCAGUGGCGGGAUUAGCACCACAGCUCACGACCGGCCCUCGAUCCAACAGACAGUCAAUUCGAUUCCCCCGAUGCUUCAGCACGACAGCAAUAACGGCGACGCAGGGGAUGCCAUGAUAGGUGGCGACUUGGAUAUGGGCGAGAGUGAUGUGCUCCAGGAAUGGCUCCAGAAGCGGUCGACGUCGCUUCAAUUGGUGUGGAAACGGCGGUGGUGUGUUCUGCGGGAUGACAAGCUUUACUUUUAUCGAUCAAAUACGGAUACGAAACCAUUGGGGGUCUUGAACCUGGCAGAGUACUCGAUCCUCGCCUUCGGCGCAGAAAUCUCUCGCAAGUCCAAAUUCACCAUUCGGUUGUCGUCCCCCGACCCGAUCCCACACCAGCAUCAGCAUCAUCUGUUUCAUACGGAGACGGCUCAGUCGCUCCAGAAUUGGGUCUAUGCGCUCCAGGUCCAUAUCAACCGGGCGACGGCAACCUGGGCAGCCAUGACUAUGGCCUCUGGUUCUACGGGGCUAGGAUUGCAAAUGACGAACCAGAGACAGGCAUCCGCAGAAUUCGAGGGCAUCUCAACCACCAGUAUCGGCAUCGUCAACAGCUCGUACGAGGAUAACAAUGACACUUGGUCGUCAACCUCGUCCAUGCCGAAUACUAGUACCAACACCAGCUCCAACCUCGAGUAUAUCUUUACGCUGAACCAGCAGAACCAACAGCCGUUGCAAAUGAAAUCGAGUAUGGAUUCCACCCGCGAUCUGUACCAGGCGCAGCAUAGUCCUGUGGGUCCACAGCCUAGUGGCAAUUCGGGAACACAGUUGAACUACGCAGGGAGCUAUAGCAGCAGCAAUGGAUAUCCUGGUGGAUCGAGCCUUUCGGAACAGCAAUCCAAUAUGUCUGAGACCAACAGGUCGUCAUUGCAGUCGAUAGAGAACCAAGGAAGGACGAGUUUGCAGCAGCAGCGAGCGGCAGCCCAAGGCCAUGGGUUCCACGCAGGAUCAUCCUCGACGAACAGCUUCAUGCAUCAACAACAGAGUCCGCACGUGUAUCCGGUACGAUCCAGCGUUCACUCUAGUGUCUCUAUGGACAACAGUGCUGCUUCUUCUGCAGCGGGAUCGCCCUAUUCGUCCCCGGUAUUGGCAUCACAAUCCCAAGGAGUGUUCAACAAUGGUCCAGGGUCCUCGACAUCGGUUUCGACGAUCGCGUCCUCGGGAGAUGUCUCGACGAUCAACGAUCUUGCCUCGGACAAUGGGCUCGGUACGACGGCCACAACAGAGUCCAAUCAGGGUAAAUCCAGUGGGAAUAGCCAUGGCGCCAUGCUGCUGGGAUUGGUCACGGGUGGGAAGUACAAGAAGGAGAAGGAGAGGCGGGUACAUAGCAGCGCCAGUUCUAGUCACAGCGGAAGCGGGAGUGCCAGUAGUCCGGCGUUGAAGCUGUUUUCUUCAGGAGUCUGUUCCUUCAGUGGAUGUACUCAGCCGGCGAAGACGUGCACGUUCCACAGCAAGAGAUGUCGACAGGAGAAUCCGAAGAAGAACAAGAACAAGGACAAAUGUAACGACAAGGACAAGGAUGAGGGUAAGAAGCUGAAAAAGUUCUGGUCCGGAGCCGAUAAGAAUCAUACCCAAGGGAGUUCCUCCGCCAUCGUCUCGCCGCUCUUCAACAGCGAUGGCACACCUCUGACGUUCUCUGGCCAAAAGUCGAGCAAAGGAAUAAUGUCGUCGAAAUCGAUGUCGUCCUUACUGAAGGGUGGCGAGUUUGUGCUGGAGGCACAUCCUGUGCCGGUCCCGUCAAACCAUAUGCUAAGCCUAUUGUCCUCGCCAACAAGAAGACGAUCGCCUUCGGUCUCUGUGGUGGAUGAUGCAUUGGUGGCGACCCAACUACAACAGCUACAGCGGCAGCGGCAGCAGCAGCAGCAGCAGCAGCAGCAGCAGCAAAAAAUCCAGCAGUUAUACAGCCUGGAUCCGAUCCCACAAGCAACAGGUGUUCAGCUCGUACAACCGCGAACACCGCCAACAACAGCACCAACGAAGGCUUUGCCGCCACCACCGCCUCGCGCGACGUCUUCGGCAUCGAACCAUCGUCCUCAUCCUCACGACAAGGAGUCGCUCAGCCUUAGCAAGAAGAUGGGUCUGCAGAUCGGAGGCGACUUUGGAGCGCUCGACAAAACUGGAUUGGCAGGGGCGACCAUGGACGGCAAUUUCUUUGUGGCGAACCAUCAUAGGACGAUGCAAAAGCUCCAGGUGAUGCAGAACUGGAAGAACCAGCCCACUGGGCCCUUGCCCGCUGUUCCUGGAACGUCGCGGUCGCCGCAGCCGCAGGGUCAGCAACCACAACAGCAGCAUGAGCAAGUUGAGCUUCAAAAACAACAAGAUCCAAGACAGUCGCACCAGCAGCAACAACAGCACCAGCAGCACCAACAACAGCACCAGCAGCACCAACAACAGCACCACCACCAGCAACAGCAAACGCAGACGCAGACAAAUCUUUAUAACGGUGGUGUAUCGCGUCAUAUUGUUGCACCAGACGAGCUCGCGCUCGCGAUCGAACAGGAGGCCGAAGAGAUGCGGCGACAACAGGCGCAGGACAAGGAAGCCCAGCGAAACCGACCGACCUCGAUGAUCAAGGGCAAUGGGUAUCAGUCUUUGCCGAUCCAUCUGUCAUCGCUCUCAACCGUCUCGGAAACAUCGACCUUAACGGACGGUGGGGAUUCGCUUGGGACGAGUCAGUUCAGUUCCCCGAGGGAGCGACAGGCUGCGGACCGGAUCAUUAGCAGCCAGGAGCAGUUGGCCUAUGGGAGUCCAGCGGAUCAGGAGGCGAUCGAGGAUCAGAGGAGUCCGAUUUCGGGAAUUACUUCGGCACAGCAUACGCUGAGUCCGACACCUACGUCUCCGCUGCCGCCUACAUUAUCGCACAAUCUCUCAGAGUCUAGCACAGCAACGACAGCAAGUGGGAACGAGAAGACGAAUGGUGGCUAUGGAAGUUCGUACUCGACGCCGUUGUCGGCGGGAUCUUCUGAGGUCUCGUCUCCGGGAUCGUAUCUAGCAUCGUUGAACAAGAAUCAUCAUCAUCCGAUGGAGCUUAAGACACCGCCGCCGUAUACGCAGCAGCAGUAUGAGCAGCAGGCGAGAUUGCCAGCAUCGCCGCUGUCGUCACUUCUGGGGGAGAGGCAAGAUUUCUUGACCACGUCGUUACCGCCGCCAAAACGGCACAGGGUCGCGUCCCAGGGAAGUUCUGCUUCGGGCAAUGGAGGUGGGGUAGAUUCGCGAAUGCUAUACCAAGGUGGACCGCCGAGGCGUAGUUCCGCGGCUGCUGCGGUGACGCUUUCGACAACUGGAGCGGACGCCGUGAAUGGGCAGGAUGCUUUGAAGUCAACGAGCGGAGAAAAUUCUGGAAUGGUGCGACCAGCCUACAUGACAAGGCGACAGUCGUCCUCGCCGGUGAUGAUCCGAUUGAGCGAGCAUGGGGCGCAGAAUAUUUCACCGCUUUUGAGCACUGGGGCGACAAGGACGUUUGUAGGCGACGCGCCUGAGAUCCGCAGGCCAGGACUGACACCGAUCUCGUCACCGGCGGGAUCGACGUUCUCGACAUCGACAGCGUCAUCCUCGUUGUGCUCGUUUAUCACGGCGAGGUAUAUCGGAGCGGAACAACAUGCCGAGGAGCAUUUGGCAGAAGACCAUGUGUUGACGCUCAGUGAAGAGGAAGGUGGUGUGCUCACAUCGUCGUCGAGGAAUAGGAAUUUUCAGAGCAAGACUUCGCUGUUGGCGGCUGUGAUGCCCGCAGAGGGAUCGGUUCUGGGAUCGCCGGCGUCGAAAUCGAUGAUACAUACGCAUUUUUCAGAGUCGCUGACGAUGUCUAGAUUGAAGGACACCGAGCAGGCAGGUCAGGAUGGUGCAGUUUCCGGAGACAAGACAUCGACAACAGCAGCGGCAGCAGCAUCAGCGGAUGAUGAGGAACAGCGACAAGAAAGAGAUGGCAUCUCGCAUUUUUCGACAGCUACGAACCAACCUCGUGGCCCUUCUUCAUCUAGCAAGGACCCUCAUCAUCUCCAUCAAGUCGCACCCAAACGGAUGAUGCUUCACCCCGCGGCCUCGUUUGUUUUCCCAGCACCAUCCGUGGCAAGAUCCAAAUACACCACCGCGAAUGGUCGCCCACUCUCUUCAUCAUCGGUCGAUUCCUUCUACAGCGAUGACGUAUCCGAAUCUGAAGGUGCUGCCGAGGCCAGUGUGCCACAGAGCGAACACAGUUCCAGAGGCGGAUCACCCGUGCUCUCACCUCAUGCGCAUGCACUUCAUGCGGCCGCGGCGUUUGAAUUGUAUCCUGGCCUAAGGAAACUGUCAUUGUUCACUGCGGCGCAUGGGGGACAUCCACCUCCAGCGUUGUUGGGAUUGGGCCGGGAAUUUGAAGAGUACGAGGAAGUUGAAGGAGCCCCCGGUGGCGAUGAUGGCGAGAAGGAGGAUGAGUCUGCCGAUGACCUCGUCCCCCUUGGUCACCGCGGUUUCGUCAGCGUCUGA